AAAAAGGCGCGCAAAAGCUGUUGCUGUGUUCCCUUUGAUUCUCGUUCUGCAUCGACCCUCCUCACUCUUCACUAAUCUUUUUCACCCACUCAAGACAAUAGCAUUGGAUUCCGCACCGCAACUCUCUCUCUCUCUCUCUCUCUGCAAUUUUUCGCUGAAAGCAAAACGGCAAUGGCGAGCCCCACGCAGGACAUGAUCGACACGUACAUGAGCAUCACCGGCGCCUCUCACUCACUCGCGCUGCGAAAGCUUGAAGAAUAUGGAGGCAAUCUCAAUGAAGCCGUGAAUGCACAUUUUAGUGGUGGAGAUAGAGACUUUACAAAUCCGGGGUCAGCUGCUACCCCACAAUACAAUUUCACUCAUAUGACUGGUCAGAAUCAAGUUGCACCUCAUGCUGUCCCCCCCCCAUACAAUUUCCCUCAUAUGAGUUCGCAGAAUCAAGUUGCACCACAAGGAGUUGUACCACUUCUCUCUGCUGCUAGGAGUUUCAGGCCAUCAUUACUAUUUGAUCCUAGUUACAGUAGGGAUCUCCUUAACCGGAUCGGUUCUGCAUUUACUGGUCGUGCACCAGUAAGUUCACAUCCAGGAGUUGUGGGGGGGUUUCCUGUAGAUUUAAACAGAGGGAAUGAUUAUCCUCAUCUCUCAGGACAGAGGCCUACCAUUCAGGACAUGACAGGAAAUCCACAUGGCAAUGAUGUGGAGGAAGAAAUGAUUCGAGCUGCUAUUGAGGCUUCAAAACGAGAGGCUGAAGUGGCUUAUCUGAAUACGCAAACCAGGGCUCUCAAUGUUUCUCCUGUUAAUGGACUUCCAGGAAAUCAAACUCACCAAGAUGAUGAUGAUGAUUUCGAUCGUGCACUUUCAUUGUCCCUGAAGACAGCAGAACAAGAGAAAGCGAUACGUGAGGAGAAAGGGAAAGACAGGAAUCCUGAACUGGCAUGGAAGCGAGGAAGGUCAUUGCACCAAAAUGGAGCUGAAUUUGUAGAACAGAAACAAGUGAGUCAAGAGUUGAAGCGUGAUGCUGGUAAAAAUCUUCAGCUGGGUAGCCUGGACAUUCAUUGUGAAGAGUUAGGCAGCAUUUCUUCCAAAGAGCUUGACGAAGCAAUAAUGCUUGAGACUGCACUUUUUGGCAAAUCUUCAUAUGCAAAUAAUUUGCCAAGUCGUCCAAAUAUAAAUUUGGGUCCUAAUACGCAGCCUGUACAUGGCCCCUCAUCAUCUGCUCCAACAACAAGACAAUUGCUAAGACAACAACAGGAUGAUGAGUAUCUUGCAUCCAUCUUGGCUGAUAAAGAAAAGGAAAUGCAUGGUGUCAAUGAUCCUGGAACUUGUCACUUAAAGGGAGUCAAAUCUGACAACAAAAAGAUCGAUACAUUGGAAGGUGAGCGAAUGCUAGCUGCAAAAAGUGCUUCACUUCCUUGCGAACCAGCAUCAGAUGAUGAGAAUGCUGUGACUCUUCUGGUUAAGGUGCCAAAUGGCAGCCGCCUUAGCCGCCGCUUUCACAAAUUUAACAAGCUUCAGAUUCUUUUUGACUUCAUAGAUGUUGGUGGAGUGGUGAAGCCUGGAACUUACAGAGUGGUGAGGUCAUAUCCUCGGCGUGCGUUUACUCUUGAUGACAGCUUAUUAACAUUGAGCGAAGUUGGACUGACGAAUAAACAAGAAGCCUUGUUUCUGGAAUUGAUUUAGAUUAUAGAGCUCUCUUCCUUGUAAGUUUCGUGUCUGAUCAUACAACUUGACACAAGAUGAAAAGGUUGAUAGUGUAAGUCUAGUCUACAGUUGAUUCUUUUUUGCUAGGGAACUAAGGUACAUGACCUGGGCUUGGAACCUAGCUCAUGCCUUUGGAAGGUAGUGGAUGUUAAAUCUGGCUGAUCCUAACGUUGCUGGAAACCAAUUCUCAUGGGAGGUUAAAAUUUCAAAAUCCCUGCUGUAUGACGACAAACCUCGCAAACUAAACGAAACUAACAUGUUUUUAUCAGGAUAGCUGCCCUUUGUAUAUACUCUAAGUUCUGCUUUUCGCACGUCUUACAGGAUUAAACUCGCAUAAAACGAGUUAUACAACCUGUUCUAUUAAAGUCAAGUAGAUGAGCAGUUCUAUAUGUCAUUGUUCAUCUUGUGGUGUGUUUUGCUGGUGAACUUCGUUUCUGGUACAUGAAUGAGAACAUGUUUUGUGGCA